AUGGCCGAUCCCAUGAGAAUCAAGCCUGACCCGGACGCUGCUUUCGCCGAAGACGACCUAGAUGAAUCAGCCGACUUGGGAUUUUACGAUCCCAAUGAUUUCCCUCUGAAAAAUGCCUACCUCGCUCGCCUCCCAGGCUAUGUCUGGCAAGCAUGGGCUUCGCUUCCCGACGAUGCGGAAAUUCAGAUCGGGAAUGUCCGUCGCAUUGUCCAAGAAGGUCAACCGGAGAAGCUCCAAAUUCUCCUUGACGACCUUCCGCAGCACAAAGAAAUUCCCAAGGAAUACAACCUCGACAUGGUAGAUGCCAACGUCAACAACACAUUCGUCUUCGGUGAACACGACCACCCAAGUUAUGCUGCCAAGAACAAGGAGCGGGCUGAGGCUUUGGCUCAGGGCAUACCGGCACACCUUGUCCGCCAGCAGAUGAGGCAGUCAGAACCGCCUCAGGAACGCGCAAAGAAGGGACAGCAGUACACCAAGAAGGCUAUUCCGAAACAAACGACGAUUGUAGCGACCAUCAAGCGUGAGGUGGUGGCCACUCCUUUGGAGAAUCCGGAGACAGAUUAUGCGCUCGCAGCUCGAGGCCAGAAGCAGACGGCUCCCAAACAUACAGUACAGGUCCUGGAUCGUCUGCCGCCCAAUGGUAUUACGGAUCCCAAGGGUUGGGAAACAUUCUUGCGCACGACCGAGGCUCCGAGCAAGGCCAAGAAGAUGGACAACAAGACCGCUCGCUGGCCCGAAAACCAGCUUCUCGACGAGCUCGCCAAAUGCUUCUCCGUCUAUAUGUACUGGUCCAUCAAGGCACUGCGCUCUCGAAUCCCUCAGCCCGAGGCUUUCAUCCGAGAGUGCUUGGACAAGAUUGCCGUUAUUCAUCGAGCGGGUACUUUUGCGAACCACUGGUCUCUCAAGCCGGAAUAUCAGAGUAUGAUUUCCGACAAGGAUCUACCGGCACCAACCAACGAAGCGGCACCCAAACCCGAAAUCGCAUCCGAGGAUGAGGAUGAUGACGAUAUCAAGAUGGAGGACGUUCUGUUUUAA